GUAGAUUAGACGGCUAUCAUCUGCGCCUCACCACCCGUCACUAUCACUCAGUAGUGGUUCUCACAAUCCCCUGAUCACCCACAGAAUCAUCCCAACCCGCCAGGGUCCUCCAGGACUUAAAGACCAGCCAACAGUAAGACGUUUUCCUCAAGUCUGUGUUGACGCCUCAAGAUGAAGUCUCCCGUAGUGAUUCUGGUCAUUCUGGCAAGUGUACAUGUCACCCAGGCCGCAGCGUCGCAGGACACCGUGGACGCUCUGAUCAACACUAUGCGAGAGACGUUUGGCGGGUUGAACACCAAAAGGGACCAGUGGUUCGAGAACUACUCUGCCUUGAAGCAACUGUCACAGAACGACUACCUUCAGCUCACGCAACUACUGUUUGUUAGCAAGAUGGCCAUACCGCUUGUGUGGCACUUGUAUGCCAAUCAGGUCAAAGUUCAGAAGGCUAUGCUGCCCAAGCUGCUGAGGGUCAGGUCACAGGCACUGCCAUAUCAUGGCACCAUUCUGGCACCUGCUUUCCCUAUCUUCUACGUGGAGGCCACACUUGUCUUACAUAAGCAUCGCAAUUUCCAGGCGAAGAUCUUACGCGACUCGUCUCAAGAAAUCUUCCAUGUGAAUUUUGACUUCGAGAACAGGUCAAGGUUGGCAGGAGAUUGUCAGGCAAACCUCUCUUCGAAUCAAUGGAGAAUGACACUGGGUGACAGUAACCAGGAUGGGGAGAGUGAUGAGCGAGUAGUGUUACAAGAUGACCAGUUUCCUGCCAUCAGUCUCCACCAACCUUUCAGUGUUAAUGUACAGGUGGGCGAUGACUGUAUCUUUGCUUCAAUCUGGUCAGGGAACUUGAACCUGGAUGUACCUGUACCGCUGCCCGUCAAGUACCACUGGUGCACCAAGGUUAGUCAUUAUAAUGUACCCCCUAGAUGUGUAUUGUACCCCCAUAGAUGUGUACUGUACCCCCCUAGUACUGUCCCCCCCUAG